UGUCAACAAAAAUUGACAAAUCGGCCAUUGUUGUUGUGAUUUAUUUUCCCAAGCUACGAAAUCCGAAAACAUCCCAAGUUUUUUAGUUUAUUCUGAUAAUUUCUAGACAGAUUUUAUUUCUACGCAAUCCACCAUGUCUAUCGGUGUGCCUAUUAAAGUACUUCAUGAGGCCGAAGGCCAUUUGGUGACUUGCGAAACGAACACCGGUGAAGUUUACCGGGGAAAACUAAUCGAAGCCGAGGAUAAUAUGAAUUGCCAAAUGACGGGGGUCACAGUGACCUAUCGCGAUGGACGUGUCGCUCAGCUUGAGAAUGUUUACAUUCGGGGCUCCAAAAUAAGGUUCCUGAUACUACCGGACAUGCUAAAGAACGCGCCUAUGUUCAAACGGCAAGGGAACAAACCAACCGCAGGACGCGGUAAAAGUGCUAUAUUACGAGCUCAAGCGGCAGGCCGAGGCCGAGCGGGCGGGCGCGGCGGCGGGCACCGCGGCGGCUGGCAGGGCGGCUCGGGCCCCUCGAGACGCUAGCCCGCGCCUGUCCAUAGCUUUAAGUAUCCUCCCACUCAAUAACUACCUUACCAUGUAUUCAAAUAUGCAUACGGCCAAAACUCUUCUGUAUCCAACGUUUAAGGAAAUGAAACAUUUAUUUUAUUCUACCUUCAAGCCCGAGCAUAGUAUUUGUACUGUUUUUAUAAUAUAAGUUAUCAUUGUCAGAGGGUAUCAAAUGAAGUCAGAAAAUGAGGGAUAAUGUACAAUAAAAUUUGUAUUAUUACUAGUGUGUGUGCAAGGGUGUUGUUGUGGAAUAGGUUUAGUUUGUAUUUGAAUGCAUAGACAAAACUGACUGUGUCUCUAAUGUGUACAGUUUUAACUAUUCACUAGCAUUAAACUAAGGAUCUUGUGAUAAUGAAUGUGUGUGCAGACUAAAUAAAAGUCAGGUGAAGACCA